CGGCGAUUUCAGAAUAGCGGUUUCAUAUUAAAUACUAAUCACCAACCCUUGACCUCGCGUUUCGUCCUUAUUCUCCUCCGAGACAUCUGCCCACUCGCUGACAACUAGCUUUGACCUCUAACGUUGCUUUGCUAUCCACACGUGUAGAUCGGUGCUGAGUUUACAGGCGGAUCUCUAUCGCCAGCUCUACUCGAUCCGGCAGCGGAUUCGUUCCCCAAGAAAGCCUGAGGCAAUAUCGCUUUUCCCGAUUCAUUUGCUUGUACCACGAGUCUAGACGUUUAAAAGAUGGCAAACUUACCACCCGGCAGGAUACCCCACCCCUCCGUCAGUCGUAACAUACCCGGUGCGGGUCCUCUGCCUCAGCUCGUUCAUUCCCUGAGCAAUGAGAACAACUCGGUCUUGUGCAUCAUGGCUGAUGCCACUCACAUCUUCACUGGAGGACAGUGUCCCACAAUACAGGUGUGGGACAAGCAGAGUUUUACCCUGAAAACCACCUUGAACGGACAUACCGCGAGUGUAUUGGCACUGGAGUACGCGAAGGAAAAGUGUUGGCUUUUCAGUGCUGCAGGUGAUAGCACGGUCAGGAUAUGGUCCACAAAGUCCCUUGCUCCCCUGUAUGUGCUACACCCUUACUUGGAAACUGGUGCUGGGGAUCUCUUCUCGCUUGCCUGGAGCCCUUCUCUUCAAACCGUAUAUGUCGGUUGCCAAAACACUUCGUUGCAAUGGUUCAGUUUUAACGCACAGGAGAUGAAGCGCUGUCAUAGCGAACAGCAGGUGACAUCAGGAAACUCUACGCCCAACCGAAGGCCACACAAGUUCUUCGAUAGCUACCCUCAGUACCAGCACCGCCCGGCCGACAUAUACGCGAAUAACUCUGUUGAGGUACAGUCCUCUGCGGAGAGCCUGACCAUUUCCUGCUCAGCCUUGCACAUUCCGCCGUCGAACGUCAUUGAUUCUGCGCAUUAUGGAUACAUAUAUUGCAUGGCACUUCUGCCUUCCUAUCGCGAAGGCUCAGACGAUGAGUACCCCGGCUUAGGUAUGAUCAAUUUGAUUACUGGUAGCGGGGACGAGACCGUAAAGAUGUGGGAGUGUUCUCCUACUGGUCUCAAACUCGUGUACACCUACGAGUGUCAGCACGGCGCUGUUUUGUCUCUUGCUGCUCGUCGCGAGAUUAUCUAUGCAGGCUGCCAGGACGGUUACGUUAAGGUUCUUGACCCUGAAACGAGGACGCUGGUUCGAACCCUCAUCGUCCAGGAGAAUGUUGACGUCCUUUCCCUUUCGCUCAUGUACACAGACCUGUAUACAUGCUCAGCGAAUGGACAAAUUCAGGCAAGCCGUUUCUCUGCUUCAUUCGACUGUACGGCAUCUUGGAAAGCCCACAAUGGCAUUAUACUCUCGUCUCUGGUCACUCGCUUCUCCGAAUAUAAAGGUUUCUUCAUGGUGUCAGGUGCAAAUGAUGGCUUUGUCAACGUUUGGGACAUAAUACCCCCUGAGAAAGGGAACAGUGUUCUCCCGGCAAGACCAGGAGCUGACAGGGCCGAUGAGAAAGAGGACUCUACAAUUGGCAAUGACACAUUGACUCAUGUGUUAUCGACAUUUGUAUCGAUUCCCAGUGUCAGCUCGGAUCCGGCUCACCGGGAGGAUUGUCGUCAGGCAGCGAUAUGGCUGAAGAAAUGCCUGCAUCAGCUAGGAGCAGAGUCGGGUCUGCUGCCAUGCGAAGAAGGCGUCAAUCCACUGGUGCUCGCCACUUUUGUAGGCACGCAAGGAAAACACCCCAAGAAGCGUUUACUGUUCUAUGGCCACUACGACGUGAUACCUGCCCCUUCAGCGGGAUGGAAGACUGAUCCAUUCACUGCCACCGGUCAUAAUGGUUAUCUGUAUGGACGGGGCGUCUCGGAUGACAAAGGGCCUGUGCUCGCAGUCGCGUGCGCCGCCGCAGACCUUUUACGACAACGAGCUCUUGGUGUAGACGUCGUUUUUCUGAUUGAGGGUGAAGAGGAGCAUGGUAGUCGCGGAUUCAUGGACGCAGUAAAGAAGCACAAGGUAUACAUUGCCAUAUUUUCGAGCUCAAAUAGGCUAAGAAAAUCACAGCAUCUGAUAGGCGACAUUGACGCAAUACUGGUCAGCAACUCAACGUGGAUCGCUGAAUCACCUCCGUGUAUCACAUACGGUCUAAGAGGAGUCGUGCACUGUACCGUGGAGGUGUCGAGUACUUCUCCGGAUUUGCACUCUGGUAUAGAGGGCGGCGCGGCAUCUGAGCCGAUGCAAGACCUAAUACAAGUGCUUGCUGCUCUUGGUAAUGGCCAGAGAAAAGUCACGGUACCACAUUUUUAUGACUGCGUCCGGCCUAUGGUAGAAGAUGAGAAACAGAUGUAUAAUGUACUUUCUCAAGUUGCUCAGCGUCCUAUGGAAACACUUUCCUCGCGGUGGAGAGAGCCUGCCUGCACCGUGCAUAGCAUCAACGUAUCAGGCCCUGGAAAUUCCACUGUCAUACCAAGCAAGGUUUAUGCGAAAGUUUCACUUCGUUUAGUUCCCGAUCAAGACAUAUUUACCAUAACCAAGUCGCUCGUUGAGCACCUUGAGCAAUCUUUCCGACAACUUCAAUCACCAAACCAGCUGAAGGUCACCAUCGACAGAACAGCAGACUGGUGGAUCGGAGAUUUGAACGGUCCGUGGUUCAAGGCGCUUGAGACUGCAGUUCGGGAUGAGUGGGGUCAGGAGCCACUGCGAAUCAGAGAGGGAGGGUCUAUCCCGUCUAUACCCAACCUCGAGAAGGAGUUCGGUUGUCAAGCCCUUCAUUUACCUUUGGGCCAGAGUACGGAUCAAGCUCAUCUACCCAACGAGCGCAUAUCAUUGAUUAAUCUACGACGAGGCAAAACUGUCAUAGAGCGUUUCUUGACCAAUAUCGCUGAUGCUAGUUUUCUUAUGCCUGGCGGCACGUAACGUAUUGGGCUAAUAUCGAGCCCUACCGUUCUUAUACAUAACCCACACGAGCUCCUACGGUACAUAAUUUUGUAAUUGCCAGUCUCGUCAAUACUGAUCUUGG